GUCUAGACACAGCGUUUUAUGGAAUUACGUGUUUUUAUUUCCUUCAUCAAUUCUAGUUGAGUCCGCCGCAAUUUAUCUAGACAGUAGACAGUGCUUUUGCUUACUUCCUAGUAAGUAGUGGUAACUGCUUUAUACCACUGAUAGUGUCCCUACGAGUGUUAUUUAGUACGCCUUUUUUUUUUUUUUACGACCCAAAGUAGACAAGUAAUGACAUUGUGCAACAGGUGUAUUUAAACCUCUGAGCUGUUUCCAACGGCCGAUGAGGGAGAGGUGAUAUUAUGACACCAUCACUUAACAGUUGACAUUCAGAGGAACGAGAUUUUCCAAUUAUGGCAAAGUUGGAAAUCAAAAGCAAAUUUGACGCCGAGUUCCGUCGCAUCUCCUUACCGAAAACAGAUGUUGGUACUUAUGAACAAUUUAGAAUUCUUAUUGAACGUCUGCACAAGUUAAUUGAGGUGCCAUUUGUAUUGUCAUAUACGGACCCGAAAGAUGGAGAUCUAUUACCAAUCAACAAUGACGAUAAUCUAGGGCGAGCGGUUUUAACAGCCAAGCCAUUAUUAAGGAUAAUCGUACAACGUAAAGGUGAAAGUCUUGAAGAAUUGAACGGAUAUGGUACAUAUAAGCCUCGUAAUAUAAUAUCAUCAAUUUUGGGUGGUACACCUAGCAAAGCAAAACAUCUUUGGAUAUCAAACCCUCAGGAUUUUCGACAAGUGUCCGCAAUUAUAGAUGUAGACGUAGUUCCCGACACAUGUCGGCGAGUUCGACUACUUAAACAUGGUUCAGAACGACCAUUAGGUUUCUAUAUUAGAGAUGGCACAAGUGUGCGAGUUAGUCCUUCUGGUGUAGAAAAAGUCCCUGGUAUUUUCAUUUCCAGAUUAGUUCCAGGAGGGUUGGCAGAAAGUACUGGACUUUUAGCUGUCAAUGAUGAGGUUUUAGAAGUAAAUGGUAUUGAAGUGGUCGGUAAAACUUUAGACCAGGUAACAGAUAUGAUGGUAGCCAAUAGUCAUAACCUGAUUGUUACUGUAAAACCAGCUAAUCAGCGAACCACAAUGUCAGCCCCUCGGCGAGGUUCUUUAUCAAGAACAUCACAGUUAUCUAGUGGAUCACAACAAUCAGCACAUAGCGCUGCUACCACUGUUAAUACCUCUGAAGAAGAUGAUCAAGAUGAAGUGGUAGAUUUAACUGCAGGUUUAGCUUUACAAGUAGCUAAUGAAUCUACUAGUACUACAGACCAAUAGGCAUAAAAGGUACUUGUCACUUUUUCUGAAGACAUUAACUAUGUGUCUAAAAAAGAAAUGAGCUUAUACUGUAUUAUUGUUAAGUUAGUAGGACAUUAGCAUUCCAAAAAAUUUGAAUUAUAAAUAACUAGUGCUAUUUUUGAUGUUAGAUCAUUUGUCUUCCACUUCAUGUUUUCAAGUGUUUAAUAGUUGUAGUUUAGUAUUUAUAUUUUAUAAAAUAGUUUCAAAAAAUUAAUACUAACACUACACAAUCAACACUUAAUUUAAUUCUACAUUAUGCUACUCGGGUUCUUUUACC